AUGGUGGAAGAGUGGCAUGCGUCUCAAACUUUAUCCAGUUGCUUAUCUAAUUGGUUCUUAUCGACCCGUCGAGACUCUCGCACUGCACAUUCUUUUUUAUAUACCCUGUGCUUUAACGUACGUGGUUUGGAUGCAAGGUGGGCUGAAGUAUAUCUAUUGUCAACGAAACAUCAAUUUGAUAUUCUCGUACUUGGUGAAGUCGGUAAAGUGGAUUUGUCAUUAAUCGGUGCGACAUAUCCAUCGUAUCAUUGUUUUUAUCAAGCUGGUGAAAAUGCGUUUGGAGGUGUUAUCGUACUUAUACGUCAAAAUAUUCCUGCCUCACGCCUUCUGUGCUCAUUACCGAACGUAUGCAUUAUUGAUCUACAUCUUGAGGUACCUACCCGUCUAAUUGGCAUAUACGCUCCAGCAAGUAAAUCUUUGGUGUGGAAUGAUCUUUCUCGUUUCACUACGCCAUCAUUUAUCAUCAUGGGUGACUUCAAUGUCGACUUGGAGAAAGACGGUGAUAAAGCUGAUACUCUACUCAACUGGGCAGACGACUUGGACAUGGCACCAUUUGUACCAGAUGCACAUACGUCGCUUCGCUCUGAUCGAACAAUAGAUUACGCACUUGGUAUUGGAAUCGAGAAUCGAUUCAGACAUAUGAAGGGCCCACAACGAGUGAUCAUAAACCGAUUUUCACUGCUCGCACAUAGUCGUACUAUAGCAUUGAAAGCAAAACGUACAGGAAGUGUUCGUCUACGUGAAGAAGCACGUCGUAUUCGAAAUAUUGCCAGAUAUGAACUCAAAAGAUUUCGUCAAGAGCAGUUAACUAAACAACUAGCUGAUCGUCACAAAUCUGGAAAAGAAUCAAAUCUAUUUUGGAGUCGAACGAAAAGACACUUUCGUAAAGCAUCAGCCUCUCUUCGAGGUCUUAUUUCACCUGAUGGAGAAUCUUCUAAAGACCCGCAAAGAAUGGCCAAUCUAACAGCUGAUUAUUAUGAACAACUGUUUAAAGAGCCGACAGUGAUGAGGCCGCAUCCAUUUCUCGAGGUGCUUAAAGAUCUGGGAAUAUUACCUGAUAGUCAAUCUGGAUUUCGAGCGGGACAUCGACUGCAAACGCGGGUACUACUUCUGCUUGAACAGAUAUAUUCUACUAUGUCUAACAGUUCACCAGUAGCCACAGUGUUCGUAGAUUUUAAGAGCGCAUUCGAUCAGUUGUGGUUUGAAGGAUGUCUAGGUAAAUUAAUUCGAAUGGGUAUCCCGAUAGCCUUUGUUAAUUGGAUUCGAGCGUGGUUGGAGGGUAGACGUGGUAGGAUAGAGAUACAGGAAAAACGAUCCCGUUGGUUUCCAAUUGGUCGUGGGGGUCCGCAAGGGUCUAGUUUAACGCCAACCCUGUUUAUUACUUAUCAUGCGGAUAUGGAACACUUUGUUCCGAUGGCAGCGUCUUACUUUUUUGCCGACGAUCUAGCAGCCGUUGUCUCCGCUCAAAUAGGGAUCAAGUACACUCAACAAGUCAUGGAUCUUGAACAACGUCUGCGUACAUUCUUCGACCAGUUGGAAUACUAUUCGUUGCUUGCCGUUCAACCAAUAAAUUAUAAGAAAACACAGAUGAUGUGGUCUGCUCGAGCAGUGGGAUACCCGAACCCGAUGCCGAAUCUCAAAUGUGGAGAUAACUCAAUUGAAUGGGUUAAAGCAUACAAGUAUUUGGGUUAUUGGAUCAGUACAAAACUGGGUUGGGGUCAUGUUAUCAGUCGUACUCAAAUUAAAGUUCGUCAACAAGCUGCUUUGAUUAAGUCGGUUAGAUUGGGAGGUUCAAUGUCGUCUUCUCUUCGUCGUGUACUAUUCUCAACGUUUGUUCUGCCGUUCUUCUCGUGGAUUUAUGCACUGUAUCCUCUGUUCACAGAUCUGCAACGGUCAAAUCUUGACCACUUCUACUAUACAUCGUUGAGACGGAUAUAUUACUGCUUGUAUUGGAACGAUAUUUUCUUCGCGUAUGCCUAUAAUGAGCGUCCGUUGGACGAUCUUUGCUAUGUCUACUGGACAAAAUAUCUUAAAAAACUUGCUAAGUCGUUGGAUGGAUAUCUAUUGCUUGAGCAAUCCUGCUUAAACGUACAUCGCUCCCAGUGGCAAGAAGGUCAAAAAUCGAUUCGAUGUCUACAUCGCUCAAAGCGCUUUGUCGCUCAUAUAGAUGUAUUUGGUCGUAUCUUAAAGUGGAUCGCAAAUCAUGGGACCACAGACUCACGAGGGAACCGUCCCAACUGAUCCACGCCGAUUUUGCUCAUAUUUUGCCCGUAUGUAGGGGUCAUCAUGCUAAGAAAAAGACUAAGAGGAUUUGUGCCCAUGCGGCUUCUUUCAAUAGUUAUGAAAUUUUUAACUUUCCUAUCCAGCAAACGAUCAUAUCACGAAAACACAUGUAACUCAGUAACGCAUGAGUUUCAAGAUGAAAAUUUUUUU